CCCUGCAGCCUAACCAGGGAUGGUGGUCUGAUGCCUUUCUCACUUCUCUUGAGAUCCUUUCUUCCCUCCAUCGUAAGGAGUCUACCAAAGGCAGCACACGUCAGACAUACAUCCAGCAUGACUGAAGGACUCCAACCAGCUAGUGUGGUGGUCCUGCCCAGAUCCUUAGCACCAGCCUUUGAAAGCUUCUGCCAAGCCAACCAUGGUCUUCUACCCCUAUUGGGCCAAAGUGAGCCCAGGAAGAUGCUGCUUCACCUGAAUACUGUUCCAGAUAUAAGGACCAUCCAUCCACAGUUCCAGAAAUACGAGUUUGGCACCUGCACAGGCACCGUGGCCUCACUGGAAGAGUACUCAGAGCUCCUGAAGGACAUGGUGACUUUCCUCAUGGACUGCAGCUUCUCCAUAGAAGAUGCCUUGGAGCAGGCGGGGAUCCCCAGGAGAGACCCGGCAGGUCCCAACCACAUAGGAGCUUACAAGACAACAGUGUCGUGCGCCACCAUUGCUGGCUUCUGCUGCCCUCUGGUGGUCACAAUGAGACCCAUUCCCAAGGACAAGCUGGAAAGGCUGUUGCAGGCCACUCACUCCGUGGGAGGACAGCAAGGACAACCCGUCCACAUUGGCGACCCAGAACUUUUGGGAAUCAAGGCACUUUCCAAACCUGACUAUGGAAGUUACGUGGAGUGUCGGCCCGAGGACGUCCCAGUGUUCUGGCCUUCUCAGCUGACCAGUCUGGAAGCAGUCAUCAGCUGCAAGGCUCCAUUGGCUUUUACCAGCACUCCAGGCUGCCCCGUGAUGAUCCCGAAGGACACAGUGCCUCUAGCCUGUUGUCCAACUCCUGAGAUGGUUCCAGAAGUCCACGCCAUUUCCAAAGACCCUUUGCAUUACAGCAUAGUGUCAGCCUCUGCUGCUGAACAGAUCAGAGAGCUAGAGUCCACAAUCGCCGCAGACCCAGGUAAUCGCGGGAUCGGGCAUCUGCUGCGUAAAGAUGAGUUGCUGCGGGCUGCUCUGUCGCUGUCUCAUGCCCGCUCAGUACUAGUCACCACCGGUUUCCCGACGCAUUUCAACCAUGAGCCCCCAGAGGAGACAGACGGCCCACCAGGAGCCAUUGCUUUAGCCGCCUUCCUGCAGGCUCUAGGGAGGGAAACCGCCAUGGUGGUAGACCAGAGAGCCUUGAACUUGCAUAUGAAGAUUGUCGAAGGUGCCGUUAAGCAAGGGGUUCUGAAGACACCAAUUCCCAUAUUGACUUACCAAGGAGGGUCAGUGGAAGAUGCUCAGGCAUUUUUGUGCAAAGAUGGGGACCCCAAGUCUCCUAGAUUUGACCAUCUGGUGGCCAUAGAGCGUGCGGGAAGGGCUGCUGAUGGCAACUACUACAAUGCGAGGAAGGAGAUGAACAUCAAGCAUUUGGUUGACCCCAUCGAUGACAUUUUCCUUGCCGCACAGAAGGUCCCUGGGAUCUCAUCAACUGGAGUCGGGGACGGAGGCAACGAGCUUGGCAUGGGCAAGGUCAAGGAGGCGGUGAAGAAGCACAUAAGAAACGGAGACGUCAUCGCCUGUGAUGUGGAGGCUGACUUCGCUGUCAUUGCUGGUGUUUCUAACUGGGGAGGCUAUGCCCUGGCCUGUGCACUGUACAUUCUGAACUCAUGUCAAGUCCAUGAGCGUUACCUGAGGAAAGCAACCGGACCUUCCAGGGUAGCUGGGGAACAGAGCUGGAUUCAGGCCCUGCCAUCUGUCGCUAAGGAAGAAAAGAUGUUGGGCAUCCUGGUGCAGAACCAAGUCCGGAGUGGAGUCUCUGGCAUCGUGGGCAUGGAAGUGGAUGGUCUGCCUUUCCACGGUGUCCAUGCCGAGAUGGUGCAGAAGCUGCUGGAUGCCACCACAGUGCAUAUGUGACUGACUGUGUUGUGUGGGCAGUCCCUGCCCGGUGGCCAGCCUGUGUCUAGGCAGGCAUUCCAGAGGCAUUGCUCUAACUGUCCUUCACCCUGGCUUCUUCAGGCCACCCGUAUGGACUGCUCUGAGAAUCUUUCUACCUGCUACUUACGAGGUAACUCGUGAGCAGUUAACUGUGGAACAUUAGUAUAAGCAUCAGCUGUGUGGGGGUAGGGGGGCACCCACCUUUAAUCCCAACACUAGGGAGGCAGAGGCAGGCAGAUCUCUGUGAGUUUGAGGCUAGCCUGGGCUACAGAGUGAGUUCGAGGACAGCCAGGGCUACACAGAGAAAACCUGCCUGGGCACCAGCAUGGUCUGGGCUAAUUACAAAAGGAUUGCGUGCCCAUACAUGGAGUGUCCGGUUAAAAAGCCGGGGCUUUUGUAUUCACCACACCAGCAAAAAUACUUACACCUUUGAAAGUUCUUUCUUUUUCUAGUCUUUCCUUUUCUAAUAGUACCUAUUUACUAUUUGAAGGGACCUCCCACAGCAUCCCCCAGCCACUGCGCCCCAC